AUGGCGUCCAGGAAAGGACUUUCUUUAGCGAAAACAGAUUUUCCCUUAUAUUGUGUCAGAUCUUUGGGGGAUAGACACUUUUUAAUCGCGGGUGGAGGUGGUCAAGCUAAAACAGGAAUCCCCAAUGCAAUUGAAAUUUAUGAGUUAAAACUAAUAGAUGGUAGGAUAUCAGCAGUUAGUGUUGGUCGACAUGAUACUGGUACACAAGCUGUAAUGAACUGUACAUCGUUUUACGAUGGAAGAAAUCAUCAACUGGCUGUUGGUCAAGAUGAAAUGUGUUGUUUAUAUAGUUUAAAAUAUUCAGUGAUACCAGUCAGUAAAAAACAUACAGAGGAGAACUCUACAAAGAACAGAAAAAAAGAAGCAGACACAAAGAAGAAAGAGAAUGAGGAAAAGACAGACAACAAAAAAGCUGAAACUAAACAAAUCAAAUUUGAUGUCACUGAAAUCAAAAGUAUACCUACUGACUUUGACAAAGAAGGAGGUUUUCAAAAAGUUGUGCGAUUCAGCCCAAAUCAUAAAUUUUUUGCCACUGGUGGUGUAGAUGGUCAUCUUAGAGUAUGGAAGUACCCCGACUGUGAUAAAAUAUUUGAUAUAAAAGCUCAUGACAGUGAUAUAGAUGAUAUAGAUAUUUCUCCUGCUGGUGACAGGAUAGCUACAGUUUCCCGUGAUCACACUGGCUGUGUAUGGAAAAGUGAUAAUGGUGAAGAAGUUAUAGGUUUAGUUAAUUCUAAUUUAAAAGGUUAUAGAUAUAGAUGUUGUAGAUAUGGGUUGGUCGAGGGUAAACAAGAUAAAUGUAAUUUAUAUACAAUAAGCAUUCCUAUAACCAGAUCUUCUAAACCUUUACCAUGUUAUAUUACAACGUUUGAUCAUAAAAAAUAUUCAAUUAGAAAACAAGCUAAAGCUGGUACAGAGGUAUUAUCAUCUUUAGCUGUUAGUGAAGAUGGUAUAUAUUUAGGUGUAGGUACAUUAUCUGGUAGUGUAGCUGUAUAUAUCUCCUUUAGUUUGCAAAAAUUAUAUUAUGUUAAAGCUGCUCAUGGUAUAUUUGUAACUGGGGUAGAAUUUAUGUCCAAUUCUGAAAGUUGUCAAGCUAUAACUGGAGAUAAAGACUUUACGUUGUUAAGUAUAUCUGCUGAUAAUACUGUAAAAUUACAUCAAGUUAAUCCUAGAGGGUCUAUCAGUGCCUUAUGGAUUAUAAUAGGUUUUGUUAUAUUAGUCUAUUUCUUAUUUUGGUUACUAGCUGAACUUGGUGUAUGA